GUAUUUCCACUUGGGAGGCUAGUUCUGGCUGACCUCCACAGUUCCAUCCAUCCACUCACACACAGUCAUGAUAAGAGCGUGAAGUGUGAGCUAAAUAGGGAUGAGGCCUGGGCAAGGUCGUUUCUGCCAGAACACCAGAGACUCCAAGAGCUCAAGGGUGCUAUAGUACAGAGAAAGGGGGUGUCCUCGUGAAUUAAAAAAAAAGAAAAAAGAAAGAGAGAAAAGAAGAAAAAAAAACCCUCUAUACACAGAGUAAAAAUGAGGGUCCUUGUAUUUGAGGAUGUAAAAGAUGAGGCAGAAGAGGGAAAAACAGAGGAAGAGGAAGAUGAAGACGACACGGUGUUCUUCAAGCCUGUUAUUGAAGACCUAAGGAUGGAAUUGGCCAGAAAAUGCACCAAGCUCAUUAGUGAUAUUCAUUAUAAAGAAGAGUAUAAAAAGUCUAAGGACAAGUGUACAUUUGUGACUGACACUCCCAUGCUAAACCACGUAAAAAACAUUGGUGCUUUUAUUUCUGAGGCAAAAUACAAAGGCACCAUUAAGGCAAACCUCUCCAAUUCUCUUUAUAAGCAGAUGCCAGCCACAAUCGAUAGUGUCUUUGCAAGAGAAGUUACGCAUCUUCAGAGCGAGGUUGCCUAUAAGCAGAAACAUGAUGCUGCUAGAGGAUUCUCAGAUUAUGCCCAUAUGAAGGAGCCACCUGACAUCAGACAUGCCAUGGAGGUCAAUAAACACCAGAGUAACAUUUCUUAUAGAAAAGAUGUGCAGGACGCCCACACGUAUAGUGCAGAUCUCAACAGACCAGACAUCAAGAUGGCAACACAGCUCUCCAAGCUCAUAAGCAAUGCAGAGUACAAGAAAGGGCAAGGAGUAAUGAAUAAAGAGCCUGCUGUACUUGGAAGACCAGAUUUCGAACACGCUGUGGAAGCUUCUAAACUUUCUAGUCAAAUUAAAUACAAGGAAAAAUUUGAUAAUGAAAUGAAGGAUAAGAAACAUCAUUACAAUCCUCUGGAAAAUGCUUCUUUUAGGCAAAGUCAACUUGCCGCCACACUGGUGAGCGAUGUGAAGUACAAGAAAGACAUUCAAAGUAUGCACGAGCCAGUCUCAGAUCUCCCAAACCUGUUUCUAGAGCAUGCUUUGAAAACCAGCAAAAUGCUCAGCGGACACGAGUAUAGAAAGCUUUUUGAGGAAAACAAAGGAAUGUAUCAUUUUGAUGCGGAUGCUGCUGAACACCUGCACCAUAAAGGCAAUGCCACGCUCCAGAGCCAGGUUAAAUACAAAGAAGAGUAUGAGAAAAAUAAGGGGAAAUCAAUGCUUGAAUUUGUUGAGACACCCUCAUAUCAAGCUUCAAAGGAGGCUCAGAAGAUGCGGAGCGAGAAAGUUUACAGAGAGGAUUUUGAGAAGGAGAUUAAAGGAAGGUCUUCACUGGAUUUAGACAAGACUCCAGAAUUUUUACAUGUAAAGUACAUCACCAACCUUCUGAAAGAGAAGGAAUAUAAGAAAGAUCUGGAAAAUGAAAUAAGAGGCAAAGGAAUGGAACUUAACCCAGACGUUCUUGAUGUUCAAAGAGCAAAACGUGCAUCUGAAAUGGCUAGUGAGAAAGAAUAUAAGAAAGACCUGGAGUCAAAAAUUAAAGGGAAGGGAAUGCAAGUUGGCACUGACACCCUUCAAAUACAACAUGCCAAAAAAGCUGCAGAGAUAGCUAGUCAGAAAGACUAUAAGAGAGAUCUGGAGACUGAAAUAAGAGGGAAGGGCAUGCAGGUGGGCCCAGACACUCCUGAUAUCCAGAGAGCCAAGAAAGCAUCGGAAAUGGCCAGCCAGAAAGAAUAUAAGAAAGAUCUGGAAAAUGAAAUUAAGGGGAAAGGAAUGCAAGUGAGCAUGGACAUCCUGGACAUACUACGAGCCAAGAGAGCAUCAGAAAUCUACAGCCAGAAAAAGUAUAAAGACGAAGCAGAGAAGAUGCUUUCUAACUAUAGUUCUGUGUUAGACACUCCUGAAAUUCAGAGAAUCAAGAUAACUCAACAAAACAUUAGUGCGGUAAAAUACAAAGAAGAGAUGCAUCAGGCAACGGCCAUUUCCGAUCCUCCGGAGCUAAAGAGAGCUAAAGAAAACCAGAAGAACAUCAGCAAUCUCCAGUACAAACAGCAAUGCCCCAAGGCCACGCCGGUGAGCGUCACGCCGGAGAUGGAGAGGGUGAGGAGAAACCAGGAGGAGCUGAGUACGGUGAAAUACAAAGGAGAAACUAAACAGGCAACGGCCAUUUCUGAUCCACCAGAGCUGAAGAGAGUUAAAGAAAAUCAGAAGAACAUCAGCAAUGUUCGUUAUAAAGGUCAACUGGGAAGAGCUACAGCUUUAAGCGUAACUCCUGAAAUGGAAAGAGUGAAGAAGAACCAAGAAAAUAUCAGUUCGGUAAAAUAUACCCAGGACCAUAAACAGAUGAAAGGUAGACCAAGUCUGAUUUUAGAUACACCUGGUCUGAGAUAUGUCAAAGAAGCACAAAAUCAUAUUUCAAUGGUAAAGUAUCAUGAAGACUUUGAAAAGACAAAGGGAAGGGGCUUUACUCCUGUUGUAGAUGACCCUGUGAUGGAGCGAGUAAGGAAGAACACUCAAGUGGUCAGCGAUGCGGCCUACAAAGGUGUCCAUCCUCACAUCGUGGAGAUGGACAGGAGACCUGGGAUCAUUGUCGACCUCAAAGUUUGGCGUACAGAUCCUGGCUCCAUCUUCGACCUUGAUCCCCUGGAAGACAAUAUUCAGUCUAGGAGUCUCCAUAUGCUCUCUGAAAAGGCGAAUCACUACAGGAGACUCCGUUCUCGGUCUCACUCGAGCAGUACUUUUGGUACAGGUCUGGGAGAUGACAAGUCAGAAAUAUCUGAGAUUUACCCUAGCUUUUCAUGCUGCAGCGAGGUAACCAGACCGUCGGAUGAAGGAGCGCCUGUUCUUCCUGGAGCCUACCAGCAAAGCCAUUCCCAAGGCUAUGGGUACAUGCACCAGACCAGCCUCUCAUCCAUGAGGUCAAUGCAGCACUCACCAAAUCUAAGGACCUACCGAGCCAUGUAUGAUUACAGUGCCCAGGACGAAGAUGAGGUCUCCUUCAGGGAUGGCGACUACAUCGUCAACGUACAGCCCAUCGACGAUGGCUGGAUGUAUGGCACAGUGCAGAGAACUGGGAAAACAGGGAUGCUCCCAGCCAAUUACAUUGAGUUUGUUAAUUAAUUCUCUCUCCUUGUCUUUGAGCUUUAUUCUAACGUAUACUAAACCCAAUCUUUUUAAAAGAUAGAAGAUACUUUUAAGACAACUUGGCAGUUAUUUUACAAUAAUCUAUCUUUACUUUGACAAUGAGACACAUAGGUACCAGGAAAAAGGACUGACUUCUGGGCUCAGAACAGCAGCAUUUUCAGUAAUUCCUGUACACAAAACCUUAAGGUCUGGAGGCCCGGUGCUGCUAAUUGGGUUAAUGGUUUCCUUUGAUUGGCUAUCGAACACUUCUGGGAAAUGUAUUUUUGUAGACUUUAAUAGAGAUGUUGAUUGUCCCUUACACGUAACAAGUCUAUGAAACUUAUUAGCUGUCACUUUGGAAUCACCAGAAGCCAAUUCUUGUAAUUCAGUAACACAGCCAAUAAUUUAAAAAUGAUUUAGCUUUUGAGUCAUUAGGGAAUUUCCAAUUCAAGUGAAAAUUGCCUAAUGUAAUAAACAUCAGGAGUGGCAGAACGGCGGUUUGGUUAAAAUUAUAUUGACUGGUGGCCUUCGGGACCUAGAAACUUCUCCCAAACAAAGACAUUUCCUUGUUCCCUAGGCUGACUUGGGUCUCUUUGUUUCUCAUUUGUACCAAGGCGUAUCCUACUCUUCAUUUACAUUUUGUGGGCCCAAGUCUAUGUUUGACUCCAUAGAAUGUCAGGACCAAAUAACGUCACAGCUACUCUGCAAAGGGAAAAGUUGAAGGUCAUCUCUAUUAUUUCCCUAAGGGCUUUGACCCUGUUGCAUGUCACGUAGGUUCAAGCUUCUGUAACAUAGGCAGCUGCACUGCCCAUCCCUGUUAUUAAAGCAACAAGUGCGGCUGAUAACCUACCAGCUCUCCCGUCUAGUAGCCUGCCCAUCAGAAAAACAUGUUUUUGAAAAGUUGCUUGAGAUUCUCCUGCUGCCUUGCACUCUAGUUUCGAAGGAUUUACACCUUUAGGAAAUAGACGCCUACUCUAGCAAAUAAGUGAUUUAGGUGUUUACUGAGCAGCUUUCUUUAACAUAAUGCCGCUGUCGAUUUAAAAGUAAAGCUAACUAAAUAGGAGCCAAAGACUACAAGGUGUGCAAGAGACACAACCAGUGAGCAAAACGUCACCCACUCCACAGAGUGAUGAUCAGGUUUUUGUGUGUGUGUGUGUGGGGGGGGUGUUUGUUGUUGUUGUGUUUUUUUUUUUUUUCUGGAAAAUGCUAUUUACAUCCAGGAAUGGAAGUCCAGCCACUGAAACCAGUUAAUGGAAAGACGUCUUUUCUACUUUCUUCUGGUUUUUACUUUCUAACCCAUAUUGGGUGGGGGAGGGGAGAUGAAAAUGCCAGCAGAGAUUUUAGAUCAAGGCCCAACAGGUUGUUCACUAAAAAAAGAAAUUGUUGUCCUAUCUUGAAUUUCAAAUGCAAGACCCUGCAGGCACUUUUUGGGUUCACCACAGAGCUGCAGCCUUGCUGGCCAGUCGUGAUGAUUGGCCUGUAGUCUGCAGUCAAGGUGGCUGGAGAAAUUAACGUCCAUCAGCGACUCUGUGUUUUUCUGAUGUAUUUGGACCUCAGCAGGGUAGCAUUCAUGUAGGGCCUGCUUCCGGAGUUGUGAUGAAGAGGCUAAAAGCAAAGUUUAAAACAUGUGAUAAAAUGUAUCAAUCUUGAAGCUAUCUCCUUUAGGUAACAUAGGCAAAGAAAUUAAGGGAGUGUCUUAUAAAAUACCUUUUACGGAAGUGUUGAGGAGUCCAGAAACAAAUGCUAAUUCGUUUAGGCUUGUGGAAAGUUAGCACUUACUUUUUGAAAAUCUAGAGUUUCAUUUUCUCUGGCUCAAAGAACAAAUAAGCUUUAUUACACUCAAGCUGCAUCUAAAGGAACUCACACAAAAAGAGAUGAGAGAAAUUCAGGUAGAAGACUAGAGAAUUUUUUGAGGGUUUUUUACAGAUUCCUACAUACCCAGCGGGACUGAUUUUCUGGUAUUGGAAUGGACAGUCAUGAUUAAAUUAACCCCUAUCUGUUUAGAUGUCUUGUCCACAAACCAACAAGGCAAAGCUGAACUUGCAACAUUCUUGCAAAAAAAAAAAAAAUUUGUGCAUUAAAAUGGGGGCAAUAAACUUACUCAAUUUUAUAGUAUCAUUAAGCAAAUAUUUAUGUUUCACCCAGACCAAUUUUUUGUGAUUAGGAAAAAGAGUAGUUGUUGAUUAAAUUUGCAGACUAAAUGUAGGACAGGUACAAUUUUUGAGAAAUAGCAUAUUUAUAGGAAGCUCAAAGGAAACGGAUUUGAAACGAUACUUUUAAUUGGGGAAAAGUCCCAUAAAAUAGCAGUUGGUUGUUCCAUUGUCUUUCUCAUCUACUAAUUUUAAAAUCAGAUUCAUGGAAUGUAGAAGUCAAUAAUUAUUAGGGGAAUAAUUCUAAAAUUUUAGGCUUCGCAUAAUGUUUGCGUAGCAAGAUGUUUCUCCUUCUAGCCUCUAGGAAUUAAGGUCUGCUCAGAAUUUAACCAGAGAGCAGUUAUUUGUUGUCACUGUUACUAAUGCUUGUCAGGAUCUUGGGCAUCUCAGCAGAAAUAUUGGAAACAUACAUGUAUAAUACCAAAGUGCUAUUUUUACAGCAUUAUUUUUCAAAACUAUGUUCUUGAACAGUUUUUCCACUUUGCACAUGGCUCCCCUCCCCUCAAUUUGGUGACAUGCAUCUCACACAUAAAUAACACUAACUGCUAAAGAAGGGUGUAAAAAAAAAUCUAUUUUUUAGAAAUCAAGCUAAAGACUGUGAAAUGUUCAAGCACAGAAAGCAUGUACCUGAUUCUCUGAACAUGAUGCAUUCUCAGGCCUGAAAAAAGCACAUGGAGCAGGUUGAUAGGUUCUUACAAGGUUCUGAAAUCAAAACUUUAUGUGGAUCAUCUCUCUCCUGAGAGAAGCUGAGCAGCAGAAUAGAUGACUUUUGUUGUACGUUUUUGUAUUCAAUGUUUCUACUAAUUCUUGUGCUCUAGGAAAGCUUCCGAUUUCUAACCUGUGACAAAAUGAGUUCUUCACGUCUUCUUGUUCUUGUUUAUACACCCACAGCGUAGCCCAGUUUGAAAUACUUAUCUGGUUGUCAGAUCCCCUUGCCAACCCUGCCUCUUCCCAGGCUUCCCCACCUCCAGAGACCACCCAGGAAUUUGCAAGCACAAUUUCUACGGGCACCUUGUAUGAACGUGGAUGAGAUUAGACCAGCCCCUCUCUUGUCACUAGGUUCACCGCUUGAAGAUGAUGAAGAUGCCAUUUGGGCAAAUUGACCCCAGUCUUUCCUCCCUUGUCCUCUCCCGGUUGGGCUUGACAACAGUCUGGGAGAUGGGGAAACAGACUUUUCUAGAACAGUGAAGUUCAAGAGGUGCAUCUCUUUUUUGGGUGUGUUCACCUCUAGUGAAAUGUUUUUAAUGAAAAGAUAAAGAAAAUGGGCGUGACCCUUUAAUAACGCAUCCUUAUAUAAAGUGGAUAUAGUUUAUACCAAAAUUAUAACAGAGAUAUAUUUUAAAAAAGGUGCCUUUUUGAUUACCCUUGUUUAUCCAUGAUGGUCUUGGAAUGAGAACCAAGCAACCAAGCUUCUUGUCUAUUCUAUAGUAAUAUUUUAUUAUACAUGAUUGGUAUUUUUCUUGUGGGGAAGUGUGAUGCUCCUGACAGAUAUGAAAGGUGAUCGCUGAUUGUAUUUUUACCUCUAAAGGUGUAGAACUUUAGAAAAUACUGACCUUUCCCCAUCUAUUUCUGAAAAGUUCUUGGUGGAUUUAUAUAUAGUCAGGAUGCAUAAACAUUAACUUUAGGUCUGAGACUUAAAAUACCUAUUGCAAGAUAGAAGAAUUAUGUUAUGAGGCUGAAUUCAUUACACAAGAUGAAAUUCACUUCAUAAAUUUCUAUUAGACCUUAGCUAUUUGCUUCUGAUAAUCUAAAAGUGGCUAGAGCGUAGGUGUUUUGGGUAAUGAGACACAGAGGUGAGAAAGCUUUAGUUAAGUAAGAAGCUAUGUAAAGUAAGUUAAGAAUGCUAAAAGGAAAGUCUCUUUCUGAAGUAUUCCAUGCCCAUUAGGGUCCUUUCCAGGCAACUGACUGUCAACUACUGAUGAUCAAAAACAAAAACAAAAACAAUAACAAAAAACCAAGAUAUUGUAGGAUGUUUCUGUGGCCAUCAUUUCAUGAUGCUUAGACUACUGGAAUCCACUAGCCUGGAAGGAGCCCCGGGCAGAUAUCUCCCCAGAUGUCCAUAUUACUUCCAUAUAUUCAUGGAAUCCCAUAUGCUUUUUGCGUUUGACACAUGGUACCCAGUUGGCAUAGUGUCUACUUCUUUGUAAUCCAGUUGCUGUUAAGAACGAUUGACUUUGAAGGAAGAAAGAAAACUGCAUGCUAGUCCCAUUCUUCAGUGUCCAUACAAAGAAUGGCUGAGCAUUGAGAAGUGGCACAAAGUGUGUUGUGGGCACGGUGGGGAAACGUUGGCCUUUGACUUAUGAUAA